ACUGUGUUGAUGGCUCACGCCCUGAGGAGGAUUCUCUACACCACCUGCUGCCCGUCAGACUGCCAGUUCGCCUUCGUUACUCGCAACCCCUUCAGGCCUCCGAGCGAGCUCUACUGUCAUCUGUUUGUCACACGCCAGCCGAACGAGGCAACCCUGCUGAACUUGCAGCUGUGCCGUCUGUUCCAGGUUGAGUACUGCCUGCAGCACAGGAGAGAACGCCAGAGCCCCUCGUCUGCCCCUUGCUGCCCCGAGCAGCAGAGCAAGAAGUGCUCCCCACAGCAAGCCCUUUCCCCCAGGGACGUGAGGGAUCGCUACACAGAGCUCGACGUCUCUCUCAAUGUUAAUGCUCUGGUCUCCUUCAGACUAUCUCGCCGAGACGGGUUGGAAUCAUUGGAGCCGCUGGGUCCGUCGAGCGAAAAGGAUCCAUCGGACAAACCGGGGGCAGAGUGUCCGUUUUCCUCAUUGACCUUGGUCCGAAAGAAAGCAAUCCGUAACAAAGGGAUACGGUCCGGAGCUUACAGGAACUCCACCUUCAAGAGGCAGUUCCAACAAGCGAUAGAGGAUGGGAUCAGUUUCAGCUGGGGCGAUGAGCAUUUGGAGUCCUGGAGGGAUCUAUCUCCCUUACAACAUGAGGAUGUUCUGACGGACACAGUCUGGUCCAGUACUGGAGUUCCCAGAGAAAUCGCCAAGCGCCUCCUUCAGCAUGAUGUCCUAGGAGCUUUCUUACUGUGGGAGAUUCUGAGUCCCACGCCUUCCUGGUCGCUUCUGGUGCAAACGCCUUUCGGAGUGAUCACUUACCUGAUCUGCAGGAACGAGGCUGACGAAUACUACCUGGAGCAUUUGAACACUAUGUUUCCCAGCUUGAAAGCUCUGAUCGAACAUUACACUGAGGUAGAGGAUGACCUGUUCUGUUGCCUGAGCAAUGCCAGGUUGAACCACUGCUACGAGCCUCAAGACUCGGCAGAACCCCGAGACCUGGCCCGAACCACAACCCCUGACCGAGAGAUCGCUUCAGAUUAGGAGCAGCUCAAACUCUGAAGAACUGAAGGAGAGGGUUUGGUCGUGGAUGACCUCCUCCUGUUCCUGCGAAGCCCGCUUGGUCUCGUCCUCCCGCUGGCAAGAGAUUCAACCCGCUCACUCUCACCCAGUCUGAAAUUAUCGGCUGAAGAAAAAAAAAUCACAGUGAAAGCCUUUGGCCCGUAUCAAUGAUCGGGUUCAAGAUUGCACACUUGACCCACUCAUCACAGACAUUUUGCUUCCCUGUUUCGCCAACUGCGCGUAGAUGUAACGUGUGAAAAUAGUUGACGUAUUUAUCCUCGUGCGGUUGGCAAAACAGGGAAACCAAACGGCUGUGAUGAGUGGGUCCAAGCGCCCAGUCUUGAAGCAACUUCAGUUUAGACCGACGAAACAAAAAAUGCUCCAAAGAUGCUGCACACCGAAGCGGGUGGUCGCUCGGCCGUCGCUGAGGUCGAGGUGUUGCCCCCGGGGCGUUCCUCAGGCCUCUC